AUGGAAGGGAAAGAUACUGUGUUUAGUCCAAAACAAACGGAGACACCAUCCCCAAGCUCAUGGAUAGAAGCCCGAACCUCGUUUGAAAAUUCCGUGGACUUUGAUCCCAUCCUUUUCGAUAUGACGAAGAAGCAAGCACAGUGUACCGACCCUCAGCAUCGCCUCUUCCUGGAAUGUUCGUACGAGGCCCUCGAAGGGUGUGGAUACACCGCAGACGACGAAAACUUGCGCGUCGGCGUAUUCGCAGCAGCGACAGAAAGUACGUAUUUUCGCCAUGUGCUCACGAAUACCGAUGACGACCAAGGGACCAACCAUUUGAUCCAAACUGGAACAGACAUGGACUACAUUUCAUUGUUGACAGCCUUCAAGCUCAAUUGUCGCGGACCUGCUAUAACGGUCGGCACAGCGUGCUCAAGUUCCUCCGCGGCAAUUGCUCUUGCAUGCGACAGUUUGCGAGCAGGGAGGUGCGAUAUUGCAAUUGCUGGGGGCGCAUCGGUUCGAUUCCCUGCGCGUGACGGCUAUGGAUUCACUGAAGGAUAUAUUUUUUCACGCGAUGGCCGAUGUCGACCGUUUGACGAUAAGGCCUCGGGAACGGUCCUGACCGAUGGCGUGGGAGUUGUAAUCUUGAAGCGGCUGUGUAGCGCAGUCGCCGAUGGGGACGAUACCCUCGCCGUGAUAAAAGGUUACAGUGUAUUGAACGACGGGGGCCAAAAGGCCAAUUUCCACUCGCCGUCUGCACAAGGGCAGACUCGCACGAUGGGCGAUGCUUUGCUCGAUGCCGGAAUGUCAGCCCAUUCAAUCUCAUAUGUCGAAACCCAUGGUACAGGAACCACGAUCGGAGAUGCCAUUGAAUUCAAAGCCAUUUCGGAAAUGCUCGGAAGCCAAAGCGGUGAAUUGUGUCAUGUCGGUGCAAUCAAAGGGAACAUUGGCCAUACGAACUCUGCAUCUGGAGUAUUCGGUCUCAUCAAGCUCUCGCUGUGUCUGCACAACAGAAGGAUACCACCGAUUGCAAAUUUCAAAUCAAAUCCGAAUCUCAACACCUUCCAAACCCGCCUCCGUUUUCCAUUGAAUGCCGUGGACUGGAGAGUGUCUGGAGAGCACAUGAAGCGAGCCGGGCUCGCAUUGUCAACAGGUUUUGGGGGAACGAAUGCAGCCUUCGUUCUGGAGGAAUUCGACAGUAAUGAGAAUUCUGAUCCAAAAACUCGCGAAGAGAUUGGUGAAGCCCUCAUUCUUCCUCUGUCGGCAGCAACGAUCACAGCCUUGAGCCUGAAGUGCGGUCAACUUGCAGAAUUUUUGGAACAAAAUCCACAGGUUUCUCUUCGAGAUGUGGCGCAUACUCUUCGUAACGGGCGUCGAGCUCUACCUUUCCGACAAGCCUUCAUUGCGACGUCAGUAGAUGAUGCAGUAACCCGUCUGCGCAAAGGGAAUAACCCGAUACUAACUCGAGCGCACCAUCGACCUUUAUUAUUCGUUUUCCCUGGGCAAGGAUCUCGGCUCAUAGAACUCGGAUGCUGCCUCUACGAGGAGUCUUUGGUAUUUCGACAAGCUGUGGAGGAGUGUCUUGAGAUCCUUGAUCAAUAUCUUAUAUCUCAAGCCGUUCGCGACCUACUGCUCAAACGAGGGGGGAAUCCAGAGAAUGCUCCUGAAGAUAUAAAUGGACAUUCGCUUCUACACAUCACCCAACCAUCAUUAUUUGUCUUUGAAUACGCCAUUGCGCGUCUGCUAUGCACAGCGCUUGGGGCACCCGGAGGCGUACUGGGAUAUAGCUUUGGUGAAAUCGUUGCUGCAUGCAUCGCCAACGCAAUAUCUCUUGAAGGCGCAAUAUCGAUUGUUGUUGCUAGGGGCCGGCUGAUGGACCGAUUACCAGAAGGCGCCAUGCUUUCAGUUCGCAUGUCAGAGUCCAGCUGUUUCAUGCUGGCUUCUGAAUUAGGAUUGUCCAUUGCGGCGGAGAACGGACCAGAUAGCUUUGUUCUCUCUGGUGAAGUCCCGGCGAUUCGCGAAGCGGAGAUACGGUUGCGCGAUAUGGGUUCAACCGCACGACGAUUGGACGUGACCCGAGCCUUCCACUCCAGAAUGAUGGACUGCGUUCUGGAUGAAUUCCUGGAAGCUAUCACGCCGUAUGCAUCAAGUUUCGAACCACCAAGCAUACCCUUGUUCUCCACCGUAACCGGGAAACAAUGGAAGGUCGGAUCGCCGAUACCCGCAGCUCAUUGGGUUGAGCAUAUUCGUAAACCUGUAUUGUUUGCCUCUGCUAUG